AUGAAAGUCAAGUUUGAGCAACUUGUUGCUACACUCAACGUGUCUCCCUCAUCGUUUGAUGUUCUUCCUCAAAUAAUAUUUAUACUUCAACAACAAACUGAUGAUUCACUAGCAUUAUUUAUAUCCCAAGUAUUUGAAUCAUUACUUAUUCUUGAACGAUGGGCAUGGCAAAAACUAAGUCAAGAACCUUGUCAAUGUAUUAAUCGAACAGAUUAUCAAGAAAUAUUACAUGCUUUAGGAUUAUUUAAUAAACAAAUAAUUUUUAUUGAUAAUAAUAUCGAGGAUAAUAUCAAAUUUUCUCUUCUUAUUCCUGAAACCAUCGAUCAAAUUAAUCCUAUAUUCGAACAAGUGGAAAAAUGUAAAAAUGAUCAUAAUCCAUUUAUCGCUCUUGCUAGUCUUUGGUUUGAUAAUCUUUCAUUUCUUGUUCAAGAAUAUCCACAAUUAAGUCAUUCUUCUAUUAUUAUUCAUAUUAAUCAAUAUUUUGGAGAAAAUUUAGUGAUGAGUGAAUUAUUUAAAUCAUAUCUAAUUCAACUUCGACAAGCAGAAUUAUCAUCAUCAAUAUUUACUCCAAAACAACUCUUUUAUAUAAAAACAUGUUCAUUUUCUUUAACUCCUUAUAUUUAUACUAUAUCUCAAAAUUUUCUUUUUAUAACUAAUGAAAUUCUUUUGAAAUUUAGCAAUGAUUACUUACAAAUAAUGCAAAUUCAUAGUUAUACUAUUCAAUUUUGGAAUAAAGAAUUAUUAACUUGUAUAACACAUCUUACUCGAUUGAUAUGUGCAUGCUGUUGUUUUAAUAAAAAAGAAGAUGAAAUAAAUAAAAUACUUUUUCCUAAUGAACAAAUAUUAAUUGAAUAUGUCGAAGCAUUAAUUCGUAUUAUUUCAUAUGAAUCAUUUGGUAAAGAAAUCAAAAUUACACUCUCAGAUGAUGAAACAAUGUUACUUGAUAGUAUUUUAUUCUUUUUAAUGAAUAUAGUACAAACACAAAAUAUAAAUUGGUAUUUUCGAUCAAUGACACAACUACCAGAUAUAUUAUUAUUAAGAGUUAUGAACAAAUCAACAUCUUAUCAACAUUUAUUUUAUGUAUACAGUAUAUUAGGUGAACUUCUUACUGAUGAAAAAUUAAAAGAAUUGAAAUUUACUGAUACUAUGGGUGAUUCUUACUUCUAUAUGUUAGAACAAGCUUGGCAACAACCAUCAAAAACCUAUAAACAUAUAUCGAUUUCAUUAUUGUUACGAGGUAACUGUGUACCAUAA